AUGGAAAACCAAUCUAGCAUCUCUGAAUUUUUCCUCCGAGGAAUAUCUGAGUCACCAGAGCAACAGCAGUUAUUCUAUGGAAUUUUCUUGUGCAUGUAUCUUGUCACCUUGACUGGGAAUGUGCUCAUCAUUCUGGCCAUUGGCUCUGACCCGCAUCUCCACAUGCCCAUGUAUUUCUUUUUGGCCAACCUAUCUUUUGUUGAUAUAGGUUUAACAUCGUCUACAGUUACCAAGAUGCUUGUAAAUGUACAAACUCAGCAGCAUACCAUUUCCUAUGCUGGUUGCCUCACGCAAAUGUAUUUCUUUCUGAUGUUUGGUGACCUGGACAGCUUCUUCCUAGCUGUAAUGGCCUAUGACCGCUAUGUGGCCAUUUGCCACCCUCUCCACUACUCCAUAGUCAUGAGCCCCCGAGUCUGUGCCAUGCUGCUGGCAUUGUGCUGGGUCCUCACUCACACUGUUGCCCUGACUCACACCCUCCUCAUGGCUCGGCUGUCCUUCUGUGUUGUUGGGGAAAUCACUCAUUUUUUCUGUGACAUAACUCCUGUCCUGAGGCUGUCAUGUUCUGACACUCACAUCAACGAGUUGAUGCUUUUUGCAUUAGGAGGCACAGUACUCAUCAUUCCCUUUAUAUGCAUUGUCAUCUCCUACAUCCACAUUGUAUCAGCCAUUCUGAGGGUCCGAACCCCUGGUGGGGGAGGCAAGGCUUUUUCCACUUGCAGUUCCCAUCUCUGUGUUGUCUGUGUGUUCUAUGGGACCCUCUUCAGUGCCUAUCUGUGCCCUCCCUCUCUUGCCUCUGAAAAGAAGGACAUUGUUGCAGCUGCUGUGUACACAGUGGUGACCCCCAUGUUGAAUCCAUUUAUCUAUAGCCUAAGGAACAAGGACAUGAAGGGGGCCAUUAAGAGGCUCCUCAGUCGCAGGAAAAUUUUUUCCUCUUAG